CUCUCAGUCCACAGAGGAAGGGAAGGCGCAAAGCCACUCCACUCCACUCCAUCUUCAGCUGAGCUUGCUCGCCUGACGAAAAGCUGUGGACUUGGGAAGAGGCAAGAUCAGUUUCAUUUCAAUUAGGGUUUCCCCGGUUCAAUUCACUGCUCAAAGGGUUCCCCAGUUUAGGGGUUCAAAUCCAGGAAAUGAAGGGAACUUGUUUGAAGUUCGAAAAGCCGAUUCGAGACGCUAUCUCUCGGAUCAGAUUCGCUCCGGAAUCCAACAAUCUCCUCAUCUCUUCCUGGGACUCCAGUCUGCGACUUUAUGAUGUGGAUAGCUUUAUGCUCAGAGUAGAGGUUCCCUCCGAAGCUGCACUUCUUGACUGCUGUUUCCAGAACGAGUCGGUUGCUUUUACCGCCUGUUCUGAUUGUUGCAUUAGAAGAUACGAUCUGGACUCCGGCACUCAUGAUACAUUUGGAAAUCAUGAUGAUUUGGUGAGCUGUGUUGAAUAUUCUGCUGAAACACGUCAACUUAUAACUGCUGGUUGGGAUAGAAAGAUAAAGUCUUGGGAUACACGUUCAACAAACCCUCUUGAAUGUUUAAAAACUCCAUUUGCAGAGGUGGAAUCUAUGUCAGUCUCUGGGUGUAAUUUGAUGGUUGCUGUUGGGUCAUCAGUGAACAUAUAUGACUUGCGUAACUUAACCAAAACAGUUUAUGCAAAGGAAUUGUUUCCUGGAUUUCAAAUACGAUGUGUCCGGACAAUACUUAAUUCUGAAGGAUUUGUGGCUGGAUCAAUUGAUGGACGGAUAGCAGUGGAGUAUCUUAAUUCCUGCAACACAGGAUACGUUUUUUGGUGUCACCCAAAAUCAAAAGAUGGAAGGCAUAACGUCGUACCAGUGAAUGACAUUGCAUUUAAUCCGUUCAUCUCUGGUGCUUUUGUCACUGGCAACCACAAGGGGUAUGUCACCACAUGGGAUGCCCACAGCAAGAGGAGACUACUUGAGUUACCAAGAUACUCCAACAGUGUGACAUCCUUGUCAUAUAAUCAUGGGGGCCAACUUUUGGUUGUUGCAUCCAGCUAUGCAUACCGGGAAGGAAAUGAAACGUUAAAGAUCCCCCUCAAAUAUUCAUACAUGACGUGGAUGACUGGAAUCCACAUUUAUCAAAGCUUGAACUCGUGUUACACUUCUCUCUCUCUCUCUCUCUCUCUCUUCGAACGAACUUCUCUCUCUCUCCCUCUCUCUAGGCAAGCAGGCAUGUCGGACGAGGAGCACCACUUCGAGUCGAAGGCCGACGCCGGAGCUUCCAAGACUUAUCCUCAGCAGGCCGGAACCAUCCGCAAGAACGGUUACAUCGUCAUCAAAAACAGGCCCUGCAAGGUGGUGGAGGUCUCAACUUCCAAAACUGGCAAGCAUGGUCAUGCCAAAUGUCACUUUGUUGGAAUUGACAUUUUCAAUGGAAAAAAGCUUGAAGAUAUUGUUCCCUCCUCCCACAAUUGUGAUGUUCCUCAUGUCAACCGUGUGGACUACCAGCUGAUUGAUAUCUCUGAGGAUGGAUUUGUUAGCCUGUUAACUGAAAAUGGUAAUACUAAGGAUGACCUCAGGCUUCCAACCGAUGACAAUCUGCUUACUCAGAUCAAGGAUGGAUUUGCCGAAGGAAAAGACCUUGUUGUGUCCGUGAUGUCUGCCAUGGGAGAGGAGCAGAUCAAUGCCCUCAAGGAUAUUGGCCCCAAGUAACUUUCUAAAGUUUUGGAGAAAGUUCAGGGUACUCGAUUUCAAAGUGCAAUAGACAUAAUAGCAGCUAUAGGAGGUCUUGAAUCUUCUUGUGGUUUGAGGGUCCCCCAUUUCAACUUGCUUUCGAGUAUUGGCUUGUUGAAAUGGCAUGGCCUCCUGUCUAAGAAUAAUUUCUUCUUAUUAGGGUUUACAACUACAUAUUCUCUGUUUGGUCACUGCUUGGAUUUGUUGGGGAAUGAAUUUGCCAGCGAGACUGUAAUACACUUUUAUGCGUCUUCAAUUGUUGUGAAAUUGCUGUUCUCAGUUA